GCAGUGUAGUGCAGGUUAGCAAGUGCAGCCGCGUCACAGAUUCAUCUGCUGAUCCUGUUCACAGCAUCACAAAUUCCAAAACACGAUUGGAAAUGGCUCUCAUGGGGAUGCGCAUUACAAGUCUUCCUGUCUUUGCAAAUCUGCAUUACAACUCUGGUGUGGGUACGUUUUUACUCAGGAUACGAUCCCCACCUACGUCAUCGACCGCGUGCGCAGGGAGCAAAAUGACAUGUCCCAGCGGGAGUGCAACGGGGCGACGGUCGAGCCGCUGCGAAACUUUCGGACCAAAAGUAAGGAGGGCGGCGGGACCGGGAGUAGUAGUACCACGAUGAAAAGCAGAAUGGAGGUGUCGCAUUCCACCUCGAAGGGAAGCGGGCACGCGUCGAAGCGACAGCGACAGGCGAGUCCGACGUAGAAGGAGGUGAUGUAAAGCCACCAGCACCAACCAUGUGGAACAGGAAGGAGAGGUUGUAGCUGUACUAGGCGACAUUUUUGGGAGUAUAAAACUCGAAAAAUAGGGGGAAGGACGGGGUGCACAUGGUCUUAAGAUUUUAUUUUCGGAAUCAGUCUGACACUGACUGGUCUUUAUGCUACAAUACCAAUACGUUAAUAUACGAACUUGUUGUUGUGUCCUGCUACGGCAUAGAACACAUCAAAAAGAACGAAACAGUAUAUAAAGAACAGCGCAAUCUAAUCAGUUUAAGGUUUUACAGUUAUGCGUGGAAAUGGUGCGAAAAUCGCCAUUACUGAACCGCUAUCGAAAGCUCUCAGUUUCUCAAAGUUUAUGCAUGUGAUGAAAUCUACGGAUUUUCACACCACGAAGAUAGGUAGAAUCAGUUGAAAUCACCGUAUAGAUGAAAGGUCUUAUUAAAAGGGAAGGGUUGUAUUUUUUUACGAAUUGGAAUUUUUUCCAGAGUCAAAAUAUCUCGUGCUAGUGCUCUCGUGCUAGCGUUAAAACUACGUGCAAAAAAAAAGAGCCCUGAGAUGCACACAGCUAUUGCAACGCAGCUAGCCGACACCUUCAAAUAAAUCCGAGAGAAAAUAAGCCGAGGAGCACCGCAUAGAUAUAGUGGAUGUCAGGCGCACGCCUGCCUGACGUCCAUGUUGGUAGUAGGUACCAUGCACACUUCCGAACAAAGCUCGUUUCAGGCGGUGGACGAGCUGCAUCUUUGGACGAGCCGCUCUGUGAUCAACAACUUUAUUCAAGACAAAGACUUUUUAAACUACCGAUCAAAUUAUUGAACUAUAAUCUCUAUCUCUGUUUAAUGCACAGAAGGAGCCUUGGCCAUACGGCUACAGCAACAGCUAAUUUAUGGUGAAUUAUCAGCAUUGCCACCUGCAGCGACCCAGCACUUUGACGCAAGAAGAAGACGACAUUGCAAUCGAAGAGCCUACUUACUUUAUCGAACUAUAAAACGAACAUUUCAAUGAUUUCCUUCACAUCGCUACAAGUAAUAAUACGUAUGCAGCAGGACUUAUCAGUUUUACUCCAUCGCCGCUGCUGCGAAGACUACUACAUGUGCUGUUGAUUGAUGGCAAAGUAUUAACGAGUACAUAUGCAAACUGCUGCUCCAACUGCGUCUCCCUCUUCUCUUGACGUUUUUGUUGAAUUUUCCUGCAGUUGUUUUCGAUAUUCUUCAGCGCGCAUAGUUGUUGUACAUCUUCUUCACAUGAUAAAAGGCGGAAAAAAUUAUCGGCCGUGCGUCUGUGUGGUUCUUCCUUUUCGAUAUGCAAGGGAACAACUAGCACAACACACGGCUGUUCUUGCAAUCUUCGCAAGGUCCCUGACCACGCCUCUGUGUUGGUCCAUGUGCGUGUUGUGCAUCGCGAGCCCGCAUGAGUGUUAAAGCAGUAGUUUUUUCUUUUAUUUGUUGAAACUUCAUCCUCCUACUUGUAGAUGAGAAAAAUUUCUCGGAUUUGGUUUCGGUAGUUCAUGUGGAUAGAAGCUUCGGUCAUAUACGAGCAUUGACACAUAUUAGAUCUCGGUUUACUACAAGAAAAACAAUGAUUAAAGCACAGACCAGAGGUAUUGGCAUUCAUCGCAUGGGAUCUCAAAUAAUGUUGAAGACAAAUGCUGGAUCUAUUGUUCCUAGAUAUUAAGCAGAUCACAUUUAUGAAGAUGAUCCAGCAUGCUUUUUUCCCGGCUCGAAAUCUUCAUGAUCCGGUUUUUGUAUGGGGGUGAUGUGUCACGAUGUGUGAAUUCGGUGUAACGAGCACUACAUGAACGCAGCACUCGGUGAAGUACAAGAAGUGUGUGCAGUUUCCGAAAGAAAUCGAGGAAAGACUCAAACCUAGUACACGUCAUCGAUGAACAGCAAAUGCAUUCUUUUUCAACAGGCCAUUCUUUCGGUUUAUUCCGCCUGCAAGUUUUCUUAUGUAGCCUAGCCAAAAAGAAAAAGAAGAAGUUCGCGAAUCGACAUUUCGGAAACAGUAGAAUCAACUCAUAUCUGCUGAAAACUUCUUAACGGCUUCUUCUCGUACGUAAAAGUAAAAGAAUAUACAGAAAAGCAAAAGGCUAUCAUCUUCAUCACGACUCCACUUCGCUGCAAAUUCGUUGUAAGCGUAAGCGUCUCUACGUUUUUGAAAAACAAAAAUAUAUCAAAAUGUCGUCCGCGCCUUCCUCCUCAAUCCCGUCCAGCAGCGCGUCGCUGCGAUCCCAGCGGAAUUAUGCGAAACCCUACCCAGUGUUGGUGCAGCCGCCCGUGAUCGCGGUCCAACACACCAUGCCUACUGCGCCCAUCCCGCGACCCUGGAUCCACGGUAAAAACGACGACGUGUGUUGUGCCUGCUGGGAUCGUAUGCAUUGCAAAUAUGUCUGGGUCUGGAAAAAUUGGAAUCUGUAUUGCGUGUCCUGCACUCCUGUAAAAUCUGUAUUGCGUGACCGACAAAAGCGCUAAUUAUUUGUCAUGCAAAAACGCAGUUUCUCAUGCGCAUUACAUAUGAGUAAGCGUCCUGAAAAUUUGUCAUGCUUGGCUGCUCUCAGGAGUUGGCUCAAUCAUCGCCACUUAGCAUCACAAGUUUCCAGACCCAGACAUAUUUGCAAUGCAUAGAUUGCUGCACCGCGCUGCCGUCGACGGAGACGCGCGACAUUAUGGAGUUCUCAAAUGUUACAUUCUCAACUGUAGUUACAUGAAAAUUGUAAUGCAAGAAUGGCAAAAGUGGAAGGGAAAAGAUUCCGCGUUUUGCAUUACAGGUUUGGAGCAGAUUAUAAUGCUAUCUAGUGAGUCGAGAACUUGUCAUGCAAAACAGCUUGGUCAUGUAGAUGUUGUUGCCAAUUUUGCAUGACAAAUUUAUGUAACAGUUGAGAGUGUAACGUUUGGGAAUCCCAUAGACAUGGCGACCAACGGGUUACUCCGGAUAAACUUCACCUAUUGGGACCGGCACUGCUGCGCGUGCGGGCCGCACCCGGGGGUGGCGGAACAGGUACAGGAUCAGCACUGCCCGGAGGAGGUCAUUCAAGCGGCCAUUGUGAACUGCGGGGGGAAUCCAGUAAUUGAGCUAAAGCAGGAACCUGAGCAACUAGAGAAAAUAAACGAGGAGCCCGGUCGCGUUCUCGACAUCCGAAAGGAACUAAUCGACAUUUGGGACGAGUACCUUGGCCAGGACGGGAUGCUCUUUCACUGCUGGGUCACCAUCACCUACGACGGUGAUGGCCGGCCGCAGAAAAACCGCCACUUUCGCCGUUGGAUCGCGUUGGCGUUGACCCCGGAGCAGAGCGCGCUGCUGGCGGGGGAACCCCACAUCAGCGGGGACGUGGAGGUGGAUUUGUGUUGCGGUGGGGUCAACGAACUAGCGCUGAGUAUGCACCCGCCCAAUGGCAUGCUGUUCUGAGUUCUCCUUUGGGGAUGGGGGGUGAAUAAAUCCGAAAAAUAACAAGAAUACCGGACUGCAAUAUGAAAAAGAAAAUGAAUAAAAUUGAGCAGAAGCAUAAGGAUAAGCGUGAUAGGCACGCACUACGAUUAGAAUAGUACGCGCUGCCAUGAUACAUCAUAGCCAUCUUGUUUUUUCUUGUGGAAAAUGAACUACCGUGGACAAUUUUUUUUUUUUUGACAUUGAAUACACAGGGGAUUGACACAUAUAUGUAAUUUUUUUUCCGCAGACAGCUCUACUGUUGCGAGCAGUUUUCUGGUUUUUUUCGAAAACGUCGUUUCUAGUCUGUGCGAACCAUUUAGAUAUUCACACUCGUUCUCACUUGAUAGCUCUACCUUUUCUUGUAUGAAUUGCGCAGAUAGAGAUGAACCACAAUAACAAUAUAAGUAGAAGCCGCACUCCAAUUUUUUCGCAAGGCACAUAAUUCUUUCGUUUCUCUUUAUUGUCGUCAACAAGAAGUAAUUCUGCUUUUGUACUUGGAUUUGUUUCACUUACUUUUGGGAAUUUUUGUGCCUGAGGAGACGUUUUUUCAGGUUGCAUGAUCCCGAAAUUGUAGCACGAAAAGAAGCAGAAGCAAAGCGCACUGGUUGAUGUUGAAUCAAGAAAAGCUGCGAAUGACAACGAACAAAAGGAAAAGUGCUACGGUUAUUUCACCUUGGUUUCGCUGCAGAGAUGAGAAGCAAGAGCAAGAUUUGUCCGCUUUCGUUUGAUCCGGAAGCCAAGAACAAUCUGCUCGACCAUGAUGCAGAUCGGGAACAAGCCUGAGACAAGUCCAUAGACAGAUGCAGAUACUACAUCUCGUAGAACAUAACGACGACGAGCAAAAGAUCAAAGACGAGCCGCAACGUGAAAAAGGUCUAGUAGGAUGGUAUAUUGUGACAGUUACUGGCAAGUAAGAAGCCCGCUCGUUGCGAUCCGCCUUGUGUCUUAUCGUGUAUCGGAGUCGUGUGUUGCAAAAACAAAAAAGAUCUACGUAGUCUCCAGUAGUGGCAUAUUGUCGUGACGGUGAAGAUGAAGAUCUAGUGUUAAUGCGCAACUCGUCAUCAAAGAGAAGAAGAAGAGCAAAAGCAACAGAUUUCUAUAAGUACUUCUGCUUCUGGUAGUUCGGUUAAACGAAAACAAUCGAAGUCGAACGCACAUAUUUGGCGGUCAUUGAUUCAUGGUCGUGUCAUCUGGUCGACCCGUCCUCUGUCAUCGUGAACAUUGAAGACUACAGCGGAGCCUCUAGUGUUUUGACGUACUAGAUAAGCUUGUGCAUGAUUCGGCAAGAUACUCUUGUUGCCCGCUUUUUCUACUUCUGCCUUACCAAUAAAAAUGAAAUUUUGAAUUUUCGCGGAUGCUUUCCCUUUCUUGCCCUCAAGUCCCGACCCGUAUUCUUCACUUUUACAUACAGAUACAAAACACAAACAUCCACAGAGAGCUGAAGAUGCAGAAGCACGAAGAUCAGCAGCUCGGCUCCAACAACAAUGACGGUGGUCCGGAUGCUGGAAGCGGCUCGGGCGGUAACGGUGAGGGGGAUGAUGAUGGCGGGGACCACAACAAUGAUCCGAAUCACGAAGGUUCCAUGGAGGACGAGGACCACGAUGGCAUGGUCGACCCAGAUCAGUUUGUGCACAACGAUCGCGACGACUCGCCCACCUUGGAUCACGAUGGCAAGAUGAACCGCCUGGCGGGAAGUGACGGUCAUGGCCGCGAAGUUGUGGAUCAUUAUUCACCCUCGCGACAUCCGAAAGGAACUAAUCGACAUUUGGGACGAGUACCUUGGCCCGGACGGGAUGCUCUUUCACAAUGUGCAACAAAAAAAUAUCGGCAGUGUGUUUCAACGACAUACACCGGGCGAUUGCGCAACACGGCCUGAAAAUAGGUCGGAUCUUCUGGAAAGGAGUAAGGCUGCAGGUGAAAAGCCUGGAUGCAGUCUGGAAAGAUCACAGCAUGCCGGACGUGAAGAAGCUCACGAACGCAGAAGAAGACGAUGCGAGGAGAAGCAUCGCAGCACACCAGGAAAUCACGAUCAGGUCGAUGCUCAGGUCAUCGACAAAGCGCCUCGUAACAACUACGGAUGGCACGGUGGACAAGGAGAACAACAUUGCAGCGGGUGCUGGAGCAACGUGGUGGCACGAAGAAGUGCGUAGGGAAGACGGGGGCUUUCACGAUCUGUCGAAAUUUCCAAUGCCAGUAGUGUCAAGCUAUUGCUACGUAGCAGCUCCGUCGCAGCUGCAUGACAUCCUGCGAGUGGACUCCUACGACGCAGAAGGGCGUGGCUUCGUACAUCAACUGCGGAAGUUGAAGAAGUGGCUGCAGGAAUUUGGGGCGAAGGAGUUCGUGCGAGAAUUCUACUUCUACCUGGAUAGUAAUUCCUUCUGCCAGUCCCUGGAAUGCUUUGGGGACAAAACAAAUCCACUCGCCAUAGAAGCAAUGCUACUGCUGGAAGAAAUCCGAGCGCUCUGCCUCGGAAAAGAGGGACCAGAACCGGAAGGGGAGGUGUAUUUUUUCUGCACCUACACGCCAGCACACUGCUCGAUGUAUUUCAACGACAAGGUCGAUUUCGAAGCAGCAGCUGCAGUACAAAGAUGGAAAGAUGGGGCCCGACCGGACACCGAGGGCGGGGUGAGUUGCCAAUACGUGAAGAUGCUUACGCCGCCGGUGGUUAGGAAUAUCAUCGCCAAAAAACUGCUGAGCGAGGAAUUCGACCGGUGUAAAUCCGUAGCGCCCUACAUGCUGCAGAGGAGAUGGGAACUAGGACCAUUCCGACCACCGCGGAACGCGUUACCGAGCAGAGAAGGCGAGACGCUCAUGUUCUGGAUAUACUUGGGGAUCGCUCCGAAGGGUCAAUUGGGGUGCGGGGACAUCGAGUAUCAAAAUACGAAGUUGUGCAGUAUGGUGAUGAUGCAGCAGUACUAAUUGACCAAGAUCGAAAUGUUGGUCACCGACAGGGUCUCGUGACUGCUGACAUCUUCAGACGCAUUGCAGAACAGCAGGGACUCCGGGCAGACGCGACAAUGGAGACUCGCUAUCUAGGGAUCACAGCCACGGACAUGCAGAAUGCAUACAACAACUUGCCACAGCAUCUCCAUCAAAUUGCGCAGAUGCAGAACAACGACAACGAGCAAGAGGUGGAGGAGGACGAAGAGGAGGAGGAGGAUGAGGAGGGUCAGCAGGCGGAACAAGGACGGAGAAAGAAGCGAGGACUUUUAAGAAAAGGCGGGGCACGGGUGAGAAACAUCUAACAAGAUAGGGCGACUUAUAACAGAAACGGGAUUGAUUGUGAAGGAAAAAAGAAGGAAAAUAAAGACGGCGGAAGAAUACCGGAGAACAGUGUUCGGUAAUGAAAUUUCACGAGGCGGAUCGGGCACCGGGCUAAUGUUGAUUGUGCCUGAGCGACAAUCAGGAUAGGAUCUUUUUUCACUUUUGAAGAACACUAAAAGGAGGAUCUAUAAGUCCUGCACGAGGAUCUUCUUUGUUUGCUUUCUUCACUGGGAUCUAGUUCUUCUGCCAUCAGCAUUCCUCUCAUUCUAUGCACCUUGCUCUUUUGCAUUAGUCCUCGCUCUCGCUCUUGAUCUUUUCCGAUCUUGUAAUGCACAACCACUGGUCCCUGGUGAGAUCUAUUGACAUAUACGGUCUACAGUAGAAGAGCAACCUGUAAUGCAUAUUUCGAAAAAUAAACAAAAGUGAAAAAAGAAAAAUGACAUGGCCGAGGAAAAGGGAGGUAUUCAAGAUCGCUAUUGGUAAUUUUAAUCCGUUCCUUUUUGUCUAAGACAUUUUCUAGAAGUAAUAAGGUAGAAAUAGCAACAGAUAAGAGAAGAUAAUCACUUGAGACUCGGGUCGACAUUUGGGACGAGUACCUUGGCCCGGGCGGGAUGCUCUUUCACAAUGUGCAACAAAAACACCUGAACUGUCUCCUCCCCGGCGGAUACGUACUGGGGCAGGUUUUGAAUCUCGGGCGGGACCCCAAGACGAAAGCAGUGACCAACGGGUUUUUCUGGGUGCAGCCGCUCCGCGCGACGAGAAUCGGGGAGUGGAGAUCGGAGCGGACUGAACGGUAUGGCGUGCUCAGACGUAUACAAUCUCAAGUGUUCUUACAAUUGAAACAAGGUAAAUCUGUCAUGCAAAAAGUGCAGCAUCUAGGUUAGGUAGCCUACUGUCACAGAAUUGCGCAUGACAAGUUCAGAAGCUCCAAUCCCGAUGAGACUCUGGCGAAAUUUGUAUUGCGAAAACCGCAAAGCUCUGCAUCCAUGUUCCUCAUGCUCUCUAUGCAACACAAAGACAAAAUCCACCAGUGACUCUAUUGUAACGUUUGAGAUUGGUCACACCUGAGCAGGUCAUAGGGAGGACAAGGAACUUCUGAAACGACUCCAGGCACUACUAGCUACUUUCCCCCGGCUGUG